GGUAAGGGGCUUUGUUCCAUCGGCUUCACUAGGGGGCAGGGAGACCAGGCAGACAGCAUGCUCUGCAUUGCCUCACCACUCCUCUGUGAUUCAUCUCAUCCAUAACAUCACGGAAUUUGUCAUGUUGUACUCUGCAAUCAAACUAAGAGAGUUUGUUGAUCCUGCGCCAAUCUUGCCACCAGGCUUGGUUGUUCGCCCUGGAAAAGAUGUCCGUGGAUUGUAUCCUGGACAAGUGGGACGGGUCCACCAGACAUACGUGUUCAGAGGAGCUCCAGGGCCUUUCAGUAGACUGCAGCCAGCUCCAGUAAACUAUAAAGCCAAAACUCCAUUUCAACCUGACUUUGACAAUUCAGCUCUCAGGAAUUAUGUUCAUUUUCAAAAAAUAGUGAGAAAGCCCACAGCUGACUGGUACAACCAAACUUCCUACAAAGCAGCAUUUGACUUGCCUCAUCUCAAAACAACUUAUAAUGUAACUUAUGACAGACAACUGAAAGCUUUUUGCCAAUGACUGUGGCAAUCUGUUUUGAGGCUAAAGCAGCUCUUGACUUCAUGAAUGGUAAUUUUGGCUCCAGAAGAAACUAUAAGAGCCUUUGAAAGCUACUUAACUUGGCAGCAUACAGGCACACUGCUGUUAGUACAGUGUUAGGCUGUUCUCCUCCUUGCUUCUGUAGUUGAAUGCAGUACAGUUUCAAGAGCAAAACAUGAAACGCUUGAAAAUCUCCCUCACUUUCACCACUUGUUUCCACAACAUUCAGACUGGUGGACAAGACACCCAUUCCAGUGUGGCCAAAAGACCCAUUUCUCCACACAUACAAAUGAAAGAUGGGGUAGGAA